AUCCUUCUGAUGAAGCUAAGAAUCCUUGAGAACUCGCGAGUGAAUGGCUGUCGUUUUUACACACCGUCCUGUCUCAGCACCACACCAAACUCUGUUUUAAACCUCUCUCUCUCUCUCUCUAUCUCUCUUCUUCCCUUUCUUCUCCCUUAGCUACUGAUCAAUGGCAGCUCUGCAAUCUCUUCCAUUUGCCUCUCCAGUUUCACAUCACUUGCAGCAGCAGCCGCGUUCUUUCCCAGGCUCAGUAUCUUGGGCUGUCCAUCGUACUGCAAAGUCCUCAUUCAAUGGCCAAUCUUUGCGGCUGUCCCAUCCACAGUUGGCUUUGAUUAGGCAGAAAACAUCAACAUUUGUUACAAUGAUGGUCAAACCGACAAUUCAGUUUAUUCAAGGAACUGAUGAACAGACAAUACCAGAUGUAAGGCUAACCAAGUCAAGAGAUGGCACAAAUGGUGUCGCAAUUUUUACAUUUGAUCAGCCUUCUGUUUUUGAUUCGUCUGGUGAACUUGGUGACAUUACUGGUUUUUACAUGAUUGAUGAAGAAGGUGUUCUUCAAUCAGUUGAUGUUAGUGCUAAAUUUGUUAAUGGAAAGCCAUCUCGAAUUGAAGCAAAAUAUGUCAUGCGUUCUCCUCAAGAUUGGGACAGAUUCAUGAGAUUCAUGGAGCGAUAUGCUAAUGCAAAUGGCUUGCAAUUCGUCAAAAGUUGAGGCAAUGUAUCACUUUUGUUUGCUUUGUUUUAGUUAGCCAUAAAAAAAAAUUUGGAGAUCUCCAUUAAUGUGCAUAUGGAAUGCAUGCAGCUACCAUGUACCUCCUCUCUUCUUGAGAAAUUUUGCAGUUCAUAGAGUACAAUUUCCAUUCUCCAUUAUUGUGCCAAAGUGAGACAAGUCUUUACCUUAGAACUUGUUCUUCCUACUCUAAAUCUCUUAUUUAAUGUAGAAGAAAAUGUUCACUAGUUGAUCCAUAUCCUGCACUGUAUAUUAAGCUUCUCUGAUGUAGAACAUGUUCAUUAUCCUUGAAUGCACUCUGUUUUGUAUGUGA